CCCGGGUGCCGGGCUAGCCGCAGUGCGCAUGCCCCCGCCCGGGUCAGCGGGGUCAGCGCGGCUGACUGGCUGCGGGGCCGCAGCCGCGUGCGGUAAAUGGCGCUGGUGGCGGGAAAGUUGAGUGUCUGGUGCGCCGAGCUUUCGGGGCCAUGUGUAGCGACUUCCACAGGGCUGAGUCUGGGACGCAGCUCCUUGCCCGACUUGAAGGUAGAAGUUCCUUGAAAGAAAUAGAACCGAAUCUAUUUGCUGAUGAAGAUUCAUCUGUCCAUGGUGACAUUAUUGAAUUUCAUGGUCCAGAGGGAACAGGAAAAACAGAAAUGUUUUAUCAUGUAACAGCGCGAUGUGUGCUUCCAAAAUCGGAAGGCGGACUGGAAGUCGAAGUUUUGUUUAUCGAUACGGAUUAUCACUUUGACCUGCUUCGGCUCGUCACGAUUCUCGAGCGUAGACUGUCCCGGGGCUCGGAAGAAGCGGUGCGGCAGUGCCUCGCUCGCCUGUUCGUGGUCAGCUGCGGGACCAGCUCGCAGCUGCUGCUCACCCUGUGCUCCCUAGAAACCACCGUCUGCAGCCGCCCCGCCCUCUGCCUGCUGAUCCUGGACAGCCUGUCCGCCUUUUACUGGACAGACCGCGCCAGCGGCGGGGAGAGCGUUAGCUCCCAGGAGUCCGCGCUCAGGACGUGUUCCCGGUUCCUGGAGAGACUCGCCGUCGAGUACCGCUUGGUUGUCCUCGCGGCCACACAGAGUCUGAUGCAGACGGCGUGGCAGGGGCCGGCCGGGGGGCCCGGCGAGCCCGAGGCCCACUACAGGCCCUACCUGUGCAGGGAGUGGCAGCGGCUGGUAAAGCUCAGAAUGUUCUUCUCCAAGCAAGAUGAUCUGAAAACUGACACCCAGUUUUCUUUAGUUUCACGUCAUUUAAAAAGUAACAGUUUAAAAAAGCAUGUUUUUGUUAUUGGAGAAAGUGGCAUUGAGUUUCGUUGAUGCGGCUUGAAAAAUAGUGUUUUCCAGGAUACUAUACAAAAUUUAAAAAGUCUCUUAAUGGGCUAAAAUGAUUCAGUUAUAAAGUUUAAAACUCUGGGAGAAUUAAUAUAAAUGUUUCUAUACAGAAUGGAUUUUUUUUUUUAAAUGCUUUAUUUACUUAUUUUGAGAGAGAGAGGAGAGGGAGAAUCCCAAGCGGGCUCUGCACCAUUAGCACGGAGGCCUGUGCGAGGCUUGUUCAACAACGUGAGAUCAGGACCUGAGACGGAACCAGGAGUCGGCUGCUCAGCCGACAGAGCCGGCCAGGUCCCCCCUCCCCCCCCCCAAAUGGAUUUCUUCAACUCGUGCAGUAAAAGCUGACACCACUCUGUUCUUGGGUUGUUGAAGAAGAAUCAAGUGCUGGUAAUAAUUACUAAAGUGUCUAUUAAGCUUGUUUUAAAACUAAAUAAAUAAUCUACACAUUGCAGCCUAAAUAAAAUGAA